AUGGAAAUAUCAAUGUUGAGGCUAUCUCUGAGAGACAAAGUACCGAAUAUCGAAGUAUGGGGAGACAGAACAAAAAUUAAUGGAUGCCAUAGAGAAAAUAACUACUUUGAAAUGGAACUGGACAGGGCGCAUUGCAUUGCUAAAGAUGACCGAUGGACGAAGAAAAUUAUAGAAUGGAGACCAAGACACGAUGCAUUCAGGAGCAGAGGCCGUCCUCCAACCAGAUGGCGUGGCGACUUAAGGCGUAUCCACAGUAACUGGAUGCAAAUAGCUCGAGAUAGGGAGUUAUGGAAGCAAACGAGGGAGGCCUACGUCCAGCAGUGGACUUGGCUGAUAGCUGGUUGA